CUUGAACAAAAAACAAAAAUCCAUUCAAUUUCAGACUCACUUGAUUCAACAUUUCCAUUAGAUUUACAACCGCCCAUCUUUGAGGCAACAGCAUCGGAAACCUCAUCCUCACAGCCGAACGGAGACAGCAAGAACAGCAACGAUGCCACCACAAUCGAUAGUUAUGGUAAUCCUAUUGAAAGCCUACAACCCAUAGAAACACCGGAUGGUCGCAAGGUUGUAAGCGCUCAAGGUCUACAGUUUGAAAUACCGAAUUAUGCUUCGGGCAUAACAGAACUUAAGAAGCCUUCUGAUGAUUUACUGCCACCAUUUGUUGAUCCCAUUGUCGUUGCACUACCAAAUGAAUCCACAAAUCCAGGUUCAUCUUCUUCAACGGCUGCCGUAAAGACCACCAGCGUUCAUGUGGAAAGUGUGCCCCUAGUGGAAGUCAAAACAAAUCCAACUUAUACCAAGAACGCCUACUUUAAGGGCUUACCCGAUUACAUAUUGGAACUCAACGAUCCUGAUAUUGGAGGACCAGUCGCUUAUGAACCGGCCGAGGAUAAUCGUGGUUUGAAAGUUAUAGCUUGGGAUUUAUUGCCACCUUUGGAGGCUGAUCCCAACGACAAAUCUAUUAGUCAUAGUAAUAAAGUCAGCAUAACAACAACUGGUCACAAUUUGGCAUCUAGUCAUAUAACUACUACUCACAGUUCACCUCAAAUAGGCUCAAGAUUUUCAGCAGAGACUACAACCAAACCAAAUUAUACACAAAGUAGAGGAUCUUAUUAUAGCACUACCUCUUUAACGCCCAGAACUACCACCACAAGACGUACCACAACCUCGACCACCACCACAACACCCAGAACUACCACUACUCCCAGAACUACUACUACACCCAGAACAACCACGCGCCGAAGCACCACCCCUAGAACUACGACACCCAGAACUACUACCGCACAACCAGAUUCUUCGGAAUUCUUUAAACUAGCAGCAGGAGAUUCAUAUACCCUACCACCCUGGCUGGCCGACAUAGAUGAUCCCGAACUAGAUGUGGCAGUGGCUUUUGAAGUACCCGAAGAUAUCAAUGAAUACAAUCACACCUUAUCAAAGGACAUAUUGCCACCUUUAGAACCUUAUACAGAUUUGAAUAAUCUUCACUUGACACCGCCACCUCAUUUCAAAAAUAGCCAUACAACAACUCCUAGAACCACCACCACCAGAAGAACUACCACUACUACUACCACCACCACCCGAAAACCUACUAUAUCCACCAAUCAACCUCAUUGGAUAAGAGCCAAGGCAACAUCGGCUAAACCCACUAUAGCUACAUUUAACAAUCAAUUCACUAGUCUUAGUCCAUCCAUAACAUCAAAUAAUUUUGCACAACGCACUGCGAGCACUACCACAACCUCCACCACCACAACAACAGUCAAGCCUAGAACUACUAUAAACUACUAUAACCGACAACUUUCCACAACUACUCCUCCAACAACAGAUAAAAUCGGCAGCAGCAGUGAGGAACAAGGUAAAAAACAAAAGAAUCCCUUCUUACCCUCUGGAUUUGAUGAUGGCAAAUAUAAACCUCAAGCUAAUGGAAGAAGAACUACUACCACUACAACACCGGCUCCCGUAAUAGUCGAGCCCAAUCCUUUCGAGCCUACCAUACCACCAUGGCUUAGAGAUUUCGAUUAUCCCGAUCUAGCAGCUGGAGUACCCUUUGUCUAUGAUCCCAAUGAAGAUGAAAGUCCGGUGGACAAAAACAUCUUGCCUCCCUCGAAAACCGAAGAAACUAACAAGCCCUCAUUCAUAACGAAUCCCUCCUCUAGCUCUCCCUUUUUAAAUUCCCAAACGCCUCAAGGUUUCACAAAUAAAUUCACUUCUUCCGCUACUUCCCUAACUUCUUCUUCUUCUAUCCCAUCAAUUGUAACAAUUCCACUCCCAUCCACACAAACCAAUCAAGAUGAUAGUACGUUUUCGCGACCACCACUCGUGUUCGUACCACCACCAACUGCCUCAGCGGAGGGCAACGUUGAUGUAGCUAAGAAAACCUCAUCCACAUUUAACAAAAAUUUUGCAGCACCCUUUGAAUCCGCGGGUCCGGCCACCACCACGACCGCAACAGUUACCAGCUCUAAGAAGUCACCACCCCUAAGUGCUGAUCGUGAAUCAUUCCCGCCCUUCAACAAUGCCAUUACUGGCUCCACCACUUUGCCCAGUAAGACAACCUUUUCGAAGAGCGAAGAUGGCAAAGUUAUUACCAAUAAUAUCUUCUUGAGUGGUAGUAUUGGUUCGACAUCGGCCAAACCAUUUGGUACCAGUCAAACUGAGAAAAAUACUUUUACCAGCCAAUCAUUCACGGGCUCUUCGUUCACCAAAUCCACCACUGCCUCUUCCGUAUUCAAACAAAUCGGUACAACUUCAUCAGCAGCCUCUGGAUUUGUUACAUCAGGUGGCUCAACCUUUGGUUCAACUGCCAGCAGUGAUGGCGCUAAAUAUACCGGACGUUUUGGCGGUCCCCCUGGCGUUUUGGCCCCACAAAGUAAUGGCUUCACUACCUCCAGCACAACCGUAACAAAAUCAUAUAAACAGCCCUCAUUUACCACUUUUGGAGUAACUAGCUCUCCCGGUUUUGCAACCGUCAAGAAAGACAAAUUCACCGGUAGCUUUGGUGGACCACCAGGGGUAUUGAAGCCCUAUGAUAAUGUUAAGAAUCGUUAAAAAAUAAUACUUUUAAAGAGAGGAAGCAAGAAAUAUUAUUAGUUUUAGUUAAAUUAUUUAUAACAACACUGAACAAAAUUUAAAAGAAACUGGACAAUAAUUAAUAAACAUAAGUUUAAAUUGUUUAUUUUCUUUACAAAAAUAUUUGUUAAUUUGAACUUUGAAUAACGAAUACUCAUCUAAAUUUUAUAUGUAUGUAUAUGUAUUGUAUAUUAUAACACACAAUAAUUUAUUGUUUUUUUAUACAUUUUUUGUCAAGAAAAAAUAUAAAAUAAAUUAAACCUUAAAGCGAUUAUCCCUAAUUUUGUACCAUAAAUAUUAUAAGUUAAACAUAUUAAAAAAAUAAUGGCUUUAUUUGGUUAUUUCUUUUUUUUUUAUUUAAUAAUUUGCUAAUAAAAUUUAAAUGACAAAAAAAUUUAAAAGAAUAAAACAAAAA